AUGACUGACAGGGAUUUGUGUUCUCGGAACAUCAUGAUUGCGGGUUAUGCAAAGAUAGGUCAGCUUAAUAAAAAACACCAACUGUUCGAAGAAAUGCCUGAUAGGGAUAAUUGCUCUUGGAGUUCAAUGAUUUCUGGGUAUUCUCGCAAUGACCAGGCCAGGGAAGCUUUGGAGCUGUAUGGACCGAGAUGUUGUUUCAUGGACUACGAUGAUAGGAAGAUACGUUCAAAGUGGGAGGAACAUAGAGGGAGGAUGUUGGGAAACAGAGUGCUUGGUCAUUCUGGCCGAUUUGAGGAAGCUGAAGAGAUUAUUGAUAAUAUGCCAAUGAAGCCUGAUAAGUUCUUAUGGGCAUCAUUACUUGGUGGUUGUAGAAUUCAUGCAAACCUUAGACUGGCAAAACGAGCUGCAGAGGGGAUGGGUGCUAUAGCGCCGCCGAUGAAGUUCGGGGAUGGGUGCUCUAGCGUCAUCGACGAAGUUCUUCCUCCAGUUUGCUGCAACAGGUGA